GUGGAAGGCAGGGUAAGGUGGUGAGAGGGAGAGAUACAAGCAUUAGCUCUAGAAGUAAUAAAAUAAUGUGGGUAAAGGUGUAGGAGACAGUUAGUACCACAAGGACUUUAUGGAAUUUAACCAAAUUUUCAGAAGUUGACAUAAUUGUAAUACAAUGGAAACGAGAAUACACAGAACCUUACCUAACCUGACCUACCUAACUUUAUCCGACCUACCUAACCUUAUCCGACCUACCUAACCUUAUCCGACCUACCUAUCAUAACUUCCUAACCUGUGCAUAACAUCUCUAGUAAAAUGGUUAAAUUCUAUCCAAUAUAAAUCAUAAUUGACACCCUAUCAGGAUUGUCGUUGGUUUCUUGACAUUUAAACAAAGACUGCGGACAAUGUGAACCAAAACACAAGGCAGCUGACGUGAAAUUACUGCCAUACCAUCGGUGUUAAAAGUGUUUCUUCUCCAUUAUUUUCCUCUUUCAUCCACUAACAAGUAAUUUAUGAUUGAUGUUUUGGUGUGGCAAUAAUCAAGAUGACUGAGCCACAGGAAGGAAGCUCUUUACCUGCACCUGAAACAUCUACAGACAAGGCACUAGUGGAAGAAGCACUCAGUUGCAUCAACACUCACACACAACUGAAGCCUGUACCCUCACUAAAGCGCAAGUUGUGUUGCCAUCCUGCAGCCAUAUCACCAUUGUAUGAGGCACCCAAGAGAACAUGGUUAGAGACACCCAGACCAACAAACGUGGCACCCAAAAGAACAUGGUUAGAGGCACCCAGACCAACAUGGUUAGAGUCACCAUCAACAUCAGUUGAAGAGUCACCCACAACAUCAGCAGAAGAGUCACCCACAACAUCAGUGAAAGAGUUACCCACAACAUCAGUGGAAGUGACCCCCUCAACAUCAGCGGAAGAGUCACCCACAACAUCAGUGGAAGAGGCACCCACAAUGUCAGUGGAAGAGUUACCCACAACAUCAGCAAAAGAGUCACCCACAACAUCAGUGGAAGAGUCACCCACAACAUCAGCAAAAGAUGAAUACAGUGAACUAACGGAAGAGGCACUUAGAAAACUAGCGGAAAAGACACUCAGGAAAAUGGUGGAAGAGGAACCCAGAAAACUAGUGGAAGAGGCAAUCAUAAAACUAGUGGAAGAAGCUCCCAGAAAAGCAGUGGAAGAGUCAUUCCAUGGACUAACAGAGAGGAAACUGAGGAAAAUAGCGGCUCGGGCGUUCAGAAAACUAGUGGAGGAGGCACCCAGAAAACUAGUGGAAGACACACUGAAACUAGUGCAAGAGACACUCAAACUAGCAGAGGAGCCGCCCAAAAACCUGCGCUCAAGAAAGUCCAAGGAAAAGUGUUUCGUGCUAUUCGUGAACUGUACUCACCGUAAGAUCGACGUGUGCUGGAUCAACUUCAAUGGUAUAAGCAAGAAGUAUAAGACUUUGUACCCGGGAAAUCAGGUAGAGAUCCAGACCUACGUGACUCACCCCUGGGUCUUCCGAGACACAGAGACAAGAGCUGCCUUUGUGAUGGACUCAGAGAGGGUGUUCUUCCCCAAGACAAUAAUUCCAGGACAACACAGGGUCAACACUUAUGGUAAACUCCCCUGGUUCUUCCAUGAUUCAGAGACAGUUACCUUUGUGAUGGACUUAGAGGAGGUGUUCUUCCCCAAGCCUAUUUUACAAGAGGAGUUGACGGUGGAUGAUGAGGUCAGUUUCCACCACCCACCAGUCUUCAUCUACAGUCCUUUCUACACUCUGAAGGCUCUGGCAGCACAGGUUGUUGGUUCACUGUUACCAAACCCUGAGGAUGCCUACGACCUCAUCAUUCCCCGAGUACUCAUGAACACCGUCGCUAAGUCAGCCUUUCGAAAACAUCACAUCAAAUACAUUUAGUUUAUAAUUUAGGUUAAUUUUACCGCAGUGGACGGCACAAGAGUCUGGGGUGGAUAUCAAGAGACAGGAUUUACAGACCUCGCUCACUAACCUGCCGGGACAACACUCAUGGCUCCACGUUCUACGGACUGUCGCCAAGUAUGGUGUCGGAAUGACUCGCCAAAAUCUCAGGCGUCGGUUAAUUACUGGAUUGAUGAUUUGGCCGUCAGUGUCAAUUGAAAGAGAUUAUCAUUGAUGCUUGUGCACGUCAGUGUUUAAAACGUUCACAACUCAAAUAAUUAUCAAAGUCAAUAAAAUAAUUAUACAGUGUUAUUUUGUACACCAUUUCAUCUUUUUAUUUUAUUAUGUACGGAAGUUAUUAAUAAAUUUUUCAACAUAUAA